AAACGAUUGUUUCAGAAAAGGAAAUACAUUUAAUUAAAUUUAUAUAUUCCCCUUCUUUCUUACAAAAGAAGAAGAACAAGGUACUUUGGUCGGCCUGCGCAAAAAAUAAAAAACCAGAUCUCUUUCUCCCUACCCAAAACCUUCUUCAAAUCAGUUUAUAAAAACACCCGGUUCUGUCCUCACCCGGAAGAGAAAGUUUCGAUUUUUAUAACAACUUAACGGAGAAACAAGAAGAUGGAGUAUGAACAUGGUAAGAAGAGGAAAGUUCGUAACAGACAGCAAACAAAAGCGAACUUCUUGUCUCUAAGGUAUCUAACGAUAUGUCUUUGCUGUUUCUUCGUCUUGCUCUUCUUCUUAUCCUCAAACCGAAUCUCUGUCCGUUCCGAUUCUCUUAAACCGUCUCUUCGUGUCCCUGCUCUCUCCGUCUUAUCUUCAAUGGAUUCGAUUCAACGCUCUUUCCACGGUAGAUUCCCUCCGUUGAGUGUCGAAGACAGAGUCCAGUUCCCUGACCAUUUACUGCUGAUUCUCUCCACCAGAAUAGGGAGAGAUGUGAAGGGUCUUGUUUGUGUUUACCAUGGAGGAAGAAAGGAAGAGACUUUGGUGUUGCCAUCGAUCUCUAGUGAUGAGUUUGAUGAGUUUAGAUCCAUUGUUCGGUGCCCUAAAGCUCCUUUGAACUAUUCUUCAUCUGUUGAUUUACAAUUCAAAGGAGAUUUAGUGAAGAAGAAGAAGGUGAGUGAUGAGAAGGUUCAUGAUUGGGCCAAAGUUGGUUACGAGGCAGUGAUUGACGGCGACACGGUGGUUGUGUUUAACAAAGGAUUGACUCGAAGACCUCACAAGGAGUCAGAUCCUUCUUACUACAAAUGUCAAUUUGAGACAGGUGUUGAAGUUUUAGUCACUCAAGCUCUUGCUGCAGCGCAAGAAGUUGUGAGGUGUGUUUUGCCUGAGAGCUUGAAGGUGAAUCCAGAGAUGGCUCGUGUGAGUGUGAUCCACUUCGAUCCUAGAGGAAGAUCUACACCUGCUUUACCAUCUGUUGCGAGAGUCUACGGUUCAGAGAAGAAGAAGGAGAAGAAGAGUGGGAAGAAGCAUGAGCUUUGUGUUUGCACAAUGCUAUGGAACCAAGCACCCUUCUUGCGUGAAUGGAUUAUGUAUCACUCGUGGCUUGGCGUCGAGCGUUGGUUUAUAUACGAUAACAACAGCGACGAUUAUAUACAAGAGGAGAUUGAAUUGCUCAACUUAGAUAAUUACAAUGUGAGCAGACACGUUUGGCCAUGGAUCAAGACUCAAGAAGCUGGUUUUUCUCAUUGUGCGGUUAGAGCGAAAGAAGAAUGCAACUGGGUUGGAUUCUUCGACGUUGACGAGUUCUACUACUUCCCUACUCAUCGCUCUCAAGGCUUACCUAGCAAAAACGCUUUAAGCUCCCUUGUGUCAAACUACACUUCGUGGGAUUUAGUUGGUGAGAUUAGAACAGAAUGUCAUAGUUACGGUCCAUCCGGUCUAACCACGGUUCCAUCACAGGGCGUGACGGUGGGUUACACUUGUAGACAAGCGAACCCGGAGAGACAUAAGUCUAUAAUCCGACCAGAGAUGCUAACGAGCUCGUUGCUCAACGAGGUUCAUCAUUUUCAGAUGAGGGAAGGAGUAGGGCAUAUGAGUUUGGUGGAGAGUGUUGCGGUUGUGAAUCAUUACAAGUAUCAAGUUUGGGAUACUUUUAAAGCCAAGUUUCAGAGGAGAGUGGCUACUUAUGUUGUGGACUGGCAAGAGAAUCAGAACCAAGGGUCUAAAGAUCGAGCUCCAGGGCUUGGGACAGAGGCUAUUGAACCGGGUGAUUGGAAUAGAAGGUUCUGUGAAGUGUGGGAUACUGGUUUGAAGGAUUUGGUUUUGUCUAAUUUUGCUGAUCAAGUGACUGGUUAUUUGCCGUGGCAGAGGCAACAACAACUACAAGAAUGACCUUUUUUUUUUUGGUUACUUGGUUUGUGAGAUUAUGUACAUUUGACGAGUAUACAUUAAUAUUACUUCUUUUGUUAUUUCAUUGUUUUUUUUUGUUGGGGAGAAUUGAAAUGGUUUCUAAUCUUUUUUUUUUUGUUUAAUAGAGUUACCACAUUUGUAAAUUUCAAUACUAUUUAUUUUGGUUCCU